GCUGACUGCAGAAAUAAGCAAAAUCAAGCCAGAUUCUCAAGUGCUUCAGGAGAGGAGAAAAUAUGACACUGAAAACAACAUGAACCAAAGUCUUCAAGUUCUUAAAUCAUGCAACCAAAGAGCUGUGGCACAGAAUCAUGAAAGACCAAGUGAGGUUUCAAAAGGUUCAACGGAAUUCCAGAACAAUCAAGGAAGCACAUUUGAAUCUGUCCAUGUCAGCCCUUGUGGGAAUGUGAACUCAACAGACUCGAGUGACAUGCAAACCUGUACCAGUGUAGCCUCAGAAUGCCCAGUUGGGAAGGACUCGUGUGAAGAACCGAAGGAAAUAGAAGCAGAAGCAGACGCUCAAGCACUUGAAAAGGCGCAUAAAGAUCUUUCAGAACACCCAGUACAAUAUUCUGAGGAGGGCUGUAGCGAUGCCAACAAAAUGCUUUCACCUCCUGAAGAGUCAGAACGAAUUCUUCAACAUAAACCACAUAGCUUGGCUGCUAAAAGUGUUUGUACGUCUAUACAAAGUACUCAGAAGGACAACAGUGGGCAUGACUCUCCGUCCAGAAUAAAUGGUGUUUUAAAGAUCAUUCUUGCACUUGAAUCAGCCACCGUUCCACACACAAACUCUGUUAAUGUUUGCAGUUCCUCUGCAGAUUGGCCCUCGAAGACUUCAAUAAGUAUGCAUGUAGAUAAUACUGAAAAUGAAACGUCCAAUUUCGAACCACAGACUUUGACCACGACGCUGUCCUCAGUUGUGGAACCAAACUCGCCUACUUUAUUGACAGACGAACCCGAAGCGAAUUCUGAUGUACCUGAUGUUGAAGGCAGCCUGGAUUGUUUGAAAACCAAAACCUCAGAGCCAAAAUUGACUGCGGGAAGAAAAUGGAAGUGCUUCGACACUUCAGCCAGCGAGGACCUCUCGUCCUCCUCCGUUUCCAGCGAUGAAGACGACACCAGUAGCCUGUCUCAUGCUGACCAGCUGGACGUAGAUGACCCAGCGCGCGAUGAGAUGGGUGACAUCGGCAAGGCUAAUUCACCCCAUCCUGCCCCAGAGUGCUCCGUGUUUAACGGCUGUGAUCUGGACGUAGUGCGAGCGUACGAGGAGGACGCUAUAGUGCUUGAUGUCAUUCAGGAUGACCCCGAUCUCUUUGGAGGUAUCGACGUGGAAGGGUCGGGAAGUUUAGACCCCAAGGACCGUCCAGUUUCGGUGCACAGGGGGAAGAAAGUGAGCUUUCAAACUGAGAAGACACCAGUCAGAGGUCACAAGAUAGUCUGGGACUUGGAGUCACAGAGCUCCAAGAAAACCGUCCAGACUCCUGAUGAUCUGGGCCCAGUGAAUCGGGAAGAUUACUGCACAGGGAAGGGAAAUGAACUUGCUCAGGACACAGAAAGUCACCUGGUCCACUCCCGAAGCUGGUGUCCAGUAAAACCUAUAGUCAACCAAGAACAUAAAAGCAUGGACUCUAAUAAUAACCUGGUUAACGAGGACACCAGUGAUCUGAACGUUAAUAACACUGCGGACAGACUGGUGGUGGAUUCGCGCAACCAAGUUCGUACCAUGGCUGGGAAAGACGUCAGUGUGGUCAGACCGUUGCCGUCUUCUUACUGCUGGUUUUACUUCAGUGAACACUGUGUGUGCCUAAGGACUGUGUGCUGGUUCCUUCAUCUACCCAGGGAUGAUGACGAGCAGUUUUGCAUGAACACUGUGCAGAAGUUUUGUCGUAAUGGAAAUACUCCCAUAGUACAGCGAGCUGUGGAGGUAUUUGUUGGCUAUUACAGGACUAAUUUUCCCGGUGUGAGUUUCAGUCAGAACAUAGUAAACUCUCUGCUUUCAUCUCUGCUCAGCCUGGCGCUUCUCGGGGACCUUGUGUCGGUCAUCAACACACUUCUUUCACACAAGAGAACCCCUCACCCUGAGUUUGUGAUUGCGCUUUAUAAACAUGUUCGAGAGAGAGGCUUCCACAGUUUUGUACCAGAGCUUAUACUUCUCACUUCUAAGAUCAUAGAAGCGGGGUGUGUGUUCAGCGUCGAACAGUGUGAAAUCAUGCAGGUCCAGCUCAGAAUGCUUCAUGUACCAAGACAUCAUCUGGAGAUCUUCCAUGCGGUGAAAUGCCGAGCUCUGGCCAUGAAUCCCCAAACUGCUGAACUCUCAGAGUUGGCUCAGGCUGUAGUACAAGUAGAGGUAUUUAAACAGCAGGAGGAUUGGUCAGGGCUGGCACGUGUCUUCUGCACCGUGUGUGACGGCCGGCACAGUGCGGUAGAGCUGUCCAGGUUCUGCUCCUGUGUCACGAUGGCACUCCUGAAAGAUCCCAAAGACAAGUUGACUCUGCCCUUUGAGCCGUUCGCUGCGUCAGUAUGUGAGAGCGUGCCAUCAGAUGGACUGGUUAAAAGCUUCCUGGGGCGAGUGGGAGUCUCACUGAUGUUUAACUAUCACAGAACUCAAGACUGGAGCAAGGGUAUGAAAGUGGUGGGCGUAAUGUCUAGGCUACAGAUCGAAUUCUUCACACUUAAAGGCUUUUUCAGCAGCGAGGACGAACCCUCUCGAUGUCAGCUGGUCACGAUGGCCGCAGAGCUCUUCCUCAACAGUGGCAGCAUCGAGGGGGCGCUGAACAUGCUCAGAGAUAACGAUUGGUUCGUGACCUCAAGCGCGUGGCCGUGCGACGAGGGAGACGUGCAUAAUCGCAGGACAGUUCUCAUUCAGCUCGCUGGUAAAACAUCACACAGAGACACGCUGGAGGUUCUGACCAACCUGCCGGGUCUCAGCCAGCCGGUCGAUGGUGUUCAGCCAGGCGAGUACAGCAGUGUGUUUAACGCGCACCUGCAAAGGUGUGUGACGAAUCAGGUGCUGCCGGUUGCAGCGGACACCCUAGAAUUUAUGCUGAUUCAGAAAAUCCAUGUGGACACGACGGAGCUUCACCACCUGAUCCACAAGCUGGGGAAGCAGAACGCGUGGAGCCGCGCCAGGACGCUCUUCAAAUGUGCUCAUUCUGCAGGAUAUUACUCGGCCGUAGUAUUAGAAAAGGACUCGUUGGACCUGCCCUGUAGUCUCUCUGAGAUCGAGAUGACUCUGGCAUUUGAGAUGUUUAUUACCCGAGUUGGUUCCAUCCUUCAAAACCCCACUGAUGUUUCCCAGCCUCUGCUCAUCACCCUGAAACGUGGCUCCUGCAGUGAGGGAUCGAUGGAGAGCGCGUAUCUGGCGGCCGGAUGUCGUCUGCUGUCCGCAGCGCUGAUCCCGAACCCCAAGCUGAGCAUCCGCUACACGGCCGUCAGUCAGGAGCAGGAGCAGCUCUUUCAUCUGGACCGAGGCUCAGCAGCUAAGUGGCUCUCGCAUAACCGCAGCUGGGCCCAGGAGAUGUGGCCUUAACGUCACAGGCUCUAUUUCAACAAAAAUGAUGCUUAAAACAAUAUUUAUCCCUGUAAAUCCCUGCCACUACAGCUCAGAUAACAGAGCUUCUCUUCUAGACCGACUGAUUAAGGAAAGUGAAACUUGAGUGAUUUGUCUUUUUCGAUUCAGAGAUGUGCUUUUCUAAGCUCUGAUUUUAUAUUUCUUUGUCUGACUUGUGAACCUUAAAGCUCCGUUUUGUUAAGUUCAUCUUUCAGACCUGAACGAAAACCGUGGGCCAAGAUUUCAUACUGAAAAUUUGUUUUGCAUCAGUGACGUUGAUGCCGUUUGUAUUUCGUUUGUUGUUUAGCUGUUUGUUUUAUUGUUGACUGGGAUUAAACAAAUGACCCAAGAAGGUUUUGAGAAAGCGUUGUAGGUGGGACAUUCUCGUGUGUGUGUGUGUGUGUGUCCAACUUCUUAUUUUCAAAAAACUGUAGUUUCAGUUUGUUUUAUUUUCAAAUGUUGUUAUAAAUGUUUAAAAAAAUAAACACGCAAAUUUAAUACCUUGAUAAAA